AUGAUCAUACCUCUGGGCGCUUUUGCUAAUGCAACAAUAGCAUACGGUGUUUUCCAUUUGAACAAUGGCCAAUUGAAAAAUUGGCAGUACCUCUUCAUCAUCGAAGGCGCGUUGACGGUGUUCUUCGGUCUCCUCGCAUGGAUCCUUCUUCCUGCCGGCCCUGGCUCCGCCUGGUUUUUGACUGCAGAAGAGCGCCGGUUUGCUGCAGAUAGGAUGAAGGCGGACAAUGCUCUCUUUGUCAAGCACUCCUACGACUCUGACGGUGUAGAGAAGGAUCGACUGACGAAGCGUGAUUUCGUCGAAACCGCCAAGGACUGGAAGUUCUGGUACGUUUUGGCGUUCAACAUUUGCGCCAGCGUGCCAGGACAGGCAUUUUCUGUGUUUCUGCCGCUUGUUGUGCAGGGACUAGGCUAUUCAUCCAUUGAGGCCAACUUGGAGCGUGGUUACCACAUCAUCGGAGGAAUCAUAAUUGCUCUCAUUGGCUUGAUCGCAACUGUCACGGUCGAAUCAAGCGGUGGAAAGUACGCAGCGCUUUGCGUGCUUCUCCUUGGAAGCUAUGUUGCUGCACCUCUGACGGUUGCAUGGCUCAGCGGAAACACGCCAGAGCCUGGGAAACGAUCCCUCGUCCUCGGCCUCAACGGCUUCGGUAACAUCGCUGGCGUUAUCGGUGCGCAGCUAUACCGUGCAAAGUACAAGCCUGACUACAAGAUUCCUUUCUACAUAACACUAGGUUUCGUAGCAGUGGCGCUUGUGGGAUAUCUCUCGUACAGAUUCACACUCGCUGCGGUUAACCGGAGGAAGUUGGAGAUAAUGCGGCACAAGUCGCAGGAGGACAUUGAAAAGGAGCGCGUGGACGGAACACGUUAUGCCGACAAGAAGUGGACAUUCAUCUAUGGUCUUUGA